CUCUCCGCCCACCGGCGGAUUCUUGCACAAUAAACCAUCACCUGGAUGGAAUUGGAUAAGCCUCCUGUUUCAUCAAUCCCCACCCAAUUUUUUGUUCAACCAAAACCCACAUUGUUUUUACACGCCACAAAUCCGAAGCGUCCUCUUUUUCUUUAAGAAGAAGAAGAGGAAAAAAAAAAAAAAACUCUUUUUUGAUUCAUUUGAAGCUAAACCCAGAGAGCAAAACCGAACCAUUUCAUUUAGGUACCUUCCAAGUUCCAAUUUUUGUUUCUUUUUAAAAUUUUUUGAAGCUAAACCCAUAUACCAUUUGGUGUCAGAGAAACUAACCCAACAGUGGAAGUUAUUCCUUUUUGUUCAAUUUGCUUAUUCAAGUCUGCAUGAGUUUGGAAGAUUUCGAAAGAGAUUAUCGGUGCUUAAAAUUUGGGCACUUGAAGAAUAAGAACAAAUUAAAUAACCAACAGCAAACAUUAGGAUGGCAAUGGUCGCAAUUACAAACCCUCAGCUCUCUUUCAAUCUGUUUUACUGCUCUGUUACCGGAAGAGAAGCCUCUAUAUCGAGACAAACUGCUUCUAGAAUUCGCUAUCGCUUCUCUUCUAGCCGAUGGUUGAGUCUCAACUCCUCUUCUUCUACUAACCGUAGGUACAGUUUUGACAGCUUUAAAUCUAGGUGUUCUAUAGCAAAUACUGAUGUACACUUAAACCAUGUGGCUGUGGAAGAUGAGGAUAUAUCUGCAGUGGAUAUUGGUUGUCGUACAACCCCAAUUGUUCAGCUCAAAUCUGAUGUUCUUGAUACUGAAUCUUUGAGUAUACUCACUGGGGAUACUUAUGUAGAUAGUCUUUUGACAACACUGCCUGUAUUAACGGAGGAGGAGCAGAAAACCCUUGCAGCAACGCCCGCACACCCAGAGGGAUUGUAUGCAUUUUAUGCAAGUUGCCUGGCUGGGAAUUUAGUGGAACAGCUUUGGAAUUUUGCUUGGCCUUCUGCAAUUGCAUUGCUUCAUCCAAGCCUUCUACCAGUGGCAGUCAUGGGAUUCUUGACCAAGCUUGUUAUAAUCAUUGGAGGCCCAUUGGUUGGCAAACUUAUGGAUCAUUCUCCAAGAGUACCUUCAUAUAUCUUUUUGAAUGUUGUGCAGGCUUCUGCUCAGUUGUUGUCAGCAGCAAUGAUAAUUCAUGCCCAUACAGUCUCCCCUGCUUCUACUUCAUCAAUUCUUCUCCGUCCUUGGUUUGCUGUGCUAGUGUUAGCAGGUGCUAUUGAGAGACUGUCUGGAGUGGCUCUGGGGGUUGCUAUGGAGCGCGACUGGGUUGUGCUGUUAGCCGGAAUAAAUAGACCAAUUGCACUGGCACAGGCAAAUGCUGUUCUCAAUCGAAUUGAUCUGCUCUGUGAGAUAGCCGGCACAUCAUUGUUUGGAAUUCUUCUCUCGAGAUAUGAUCCGGUAACAUGCUUAAAGUUAGCUGCUAGCUUGAUGGUGUGGUCGUUACCAAUUAUGAUUUCUCUGACAUGGUUAACAAACAAGCUUUCUACUGGAGUUCUUGACCGCGCUAAAUGUUGUCAAGCCAGUCGCAGAACAUCUGAUGAGGGGCCUCUGCCAGAUGCUCAGAACUUUGUUAGUACAGGUUUGGAAGCCAUCAAGCAUGGAUGGAGAGAAUACAUACAGCAGCCAGUACUUCCUGCAAGCCUAGCAUACGUGCUCCUCUACUUCAAUGUCGUUCUUACUCCAGGCAGUUUAAUGACUGCAUUUUUAACUCAGCGUGGCCUAAAUCCAUCUGUUAUUGGAGGGUUUAGUGGAUUAUGUGCUUUUAUGGGUGUUGCAGCAACCUUCUUAUCUGCAUCCUUGGUUAGGAGAUUUGGUAUUUUAAAGGCUGGAGCAGUUGGCUUAACUUUUCAGGCUUUACUUCUCACCAUAGCUGUUGCUGUUUACCAAAGUGGAACUCUUUCCCAGAGGAGUCCCCUUCUUUUAUUCCUAUGUUUGAUUGUAUUUUCAAGGUUGGGACAUAUGUCAUAUGAUAUUGUUGGGGCCCAGAUACUUCAAACAGGAAUCCCAUCAUCCAAAGCAAAUCUUAUUGGGACAACAGAGAUAUCUGUUGCGAGUUUAGCCGAGUCUUUAAUGUUGGGAGUUGUAAUACUUGCAAACGAUGUUUCACAUUUUGGAUUUCUAGCAAUGCUAUCUGUUUUAUCAGUAGUCGGAGCUGCAUGGAUGUUCUGCCGGUGGUUGUUGAAUCCUACAGUGGAACAACGAAGCCUUUUCUCCUUUGAUCCUCAAUUGUAGUUAUAAUCUGCUGUAAUUUCUUCAGUGCAAAGGCAGUCAGUCUGAAAGUAAUGUAUGAGCUAUCCUAUUGUAUAUUUUCCAUGUCUUCAACACUUCCCACAUCCACCUAGAAGAUGUUGGGGUAAUUAGAUUGAUCUCACAUUGGUUGCUCAAUGUUUUUAUUUUAUUUUUGUGAGGUGUCUUAAAGUAAAAGAGAAGAGCAGCUGAUUUUGAAAUUUUAUAUCCUCAACAAUGGGGCCCAAUCUGUAUAAAUUUGUAAAGCAUUCAUCAGUUCAAAUACAUAUUUUCCUGUUGGGGUUAAUGUGCAUGUAAUAUAACUAACAUUCCUGAGAGAAGGUAUAGUAAAGGGAACACGUAAAUGAAGCUAGAAGUUUGACUUCA